AGUUAAAAAUACUGUAAAUGUUAUUUAGUUAAGUGGUAAUUUUGUAUUAAUUAUAAAUCAUGAGAGUAUUAUUUGUUUUGCAAAUAUUUUUAGUUUUUACAAUUACAUUAAUUUUGUGUUUAGAUAAAAAUCAAUUAAUUCAAUAUUCAGUUAAACAAUAUAACAAAUUAGAUGUGGAUAUAAAAAUAGGCGUUCAAUACCCGACCGAUGGAAAACCGAUAUCAACCAAAUGGCACACAACUCCUGGAGUCAACAACCAAUGGACGGCCGGUUUCUAUCCAGGAGUGCUAUGGUAUCUAUUUAAUUAUACAAAAGAUGACCACUGGAAACAUUUGGCUAUUCAAGCAACUGAUGGACUAUUUGCUAAUCAAUUCAGAUCAGAUACACAUGAUAUCGGAUUUAUGAUUCAGUGUUCGUAUGGAAAGGGAUACGAAUUUACAACAAAUUCAACCUAUCCUAACAUUAUUGCUAAUGCAGCCCAUAGUUUAGCGAAAAGGUUUAAUCAUAAAGUUGGUUGCAUUAGAUCGUGGGGUAGUAUUGAUGAUAAAAAGCAGUUUUUAGUGAUAGUCGACAAUAUGAUGAAUUUGGAGCUUUUAUUUAAAGGUUAUGAAAUAACUGGUAAUAAAACCCUUUACGAUAUGGCUGUAUCUCAUGCCAACCGUACACUCAAAGAACAUGUUCGCAAAGAUAACAGUAGUUACCAUAUCGUCAACUUUAAUGUCACUACCGGUCAAGUAAUACGACGAUAUCAGGGACAGGGAUAUAAUGAUUCAUCCACUUGGGCUAGAGGUCAGGCCUGGCUUAUCAAUGGUUUUACAACAACUUAUGGAUUCACAAAAUUAAAGAUAUUUUUAGACGCCGCCGAAGGUUUAGCAAACUAUUACAUUAAUAACUUACCGGAAGACAGUAUAGCGCUCUGGGAUUUUAAUGUACCUAAAGAUAAGUAUCCAUACAUUCCUCGCGACACAAGUUCAGCGGCCAUCGCCGCUUCGGGUCUUUUUGAUCUUUACGGACACACAAAAAAUAAUAAGUAUUUAAAAACUGCAAAACAAAUCAUGGAAUCGUUAGCCUCGAGUAAAUACAGAGCUGAUGGUAAACCUGUAUAUAAUUUACCGGCGCUUAUAUUGAACGCAACUAUUGCCGGUCCGAAUGCCGAUCCAGGAAAGUCUGAUUUAGCUAUAAUUUAUGGCGAUUACUAUUUUAUGAAUGCACUUAAAUAUUAUCAAUAA